AUGGCGACCGCGCGAUUUCUUUUGCUCGUCGUCGGCGUCCUCCUCGGCCUCACCGCCGCGGAGGGACGCCAUCUUCGCGCGAUGACGAUCGAGCAGAAAGGAUCGAACUCGGAUAUGGAAAUUUCCGAAGGGCAGCUCCAUCAAGCUCCCUCAAGCCUCAAGCAACACGAGCGCUCGACGCAUCGCGCCGCGGCCGGGGACACGACGACGUCCGCGCUCGCGGACCGCGCGUCGCGGUCGAGCUCCAAGUCCGCGUCGGAGAUCUUCCUGAGCGAGUACGAGGACAAGGACGGCGCGAACGCGUCCGCGGUUUCGCCGUCGCCGUCCGCGUCGGACGCGUCCGAAUCGCACGUCGAGCGCCUCCUCGAGCGAUGCGCGAGGAACAACGCGGUCGCCAUCUUCAGCUGCAAUCAAGAGCACGCCCACCUGUGCCGCGUCGCGGCCGCGAACUUGGACGACCGCGGCGUGGGCCGCCUCGCGGUCGCGGCGGAUCAGCGCACGUGCGACGAACUCAAGGUGGACGCGGACGGGGAUAAGUGCUGCGUCGUCGCGGAGGAAGCCGCCGCGGCUGGGCACGAGAUGCACGCGACGCGGUGGGAGUACGUCGAGCUCUCGCUCUCGCUCGGUGUGGACGUCAUCCUUCAAGACUGCGACGUGAUGUGGCGCGUGAACCCGGUCGACACGUUCCGCGCGUCGACCGACGUCGGCGUCGUCGUCCUUCGCGAGCGCGGGACGAACCACCCGUUUCACGCCGGGAUGGGGUGGUACCGCGCGGAUUCCCCCGCGGUGUUCAGGCUCGUGAGGGACGUCAACGAGCGCAUCGAUCACGCGCGCGCGGCGGAGACUAACCUGACGAAGCUGCGCGUCGUCGGCGUGGACGUGGACGCGAAAAAGUGCGGCGCCCCGGACGCGCUCGCCGCGUUCGCGGACGACAGAGCCGUCUUGAACGACGCGAUCGAGAGCUCCGCGAUCGACGCGGACGUGUACACGCGCGCGAGGGUGGAGUGCGACCCGGACGGCAGGGACGUCGGCUUCGCGUGCGUGGAGGAGUUCGCGGAGACCGGGUGCGUGACGUUGGAGAAGAAGUCGUCGUUCGAACGAGGGAAGCCGGAACCCCCCGGCUGCCGCGGCGGCGCGGAUGCAGAGGACGGCUUCGCGAGUAAGAUAUUCGACGGCGUCGCGCGGCGUCGAUCGUUGCUCUACGCCGACGCCGCGACGACGCGACGUGCCAAGACGGGCGAUGGCAAGGCGUGCGUCGCCGCGGACGACGUCCUGUCGUCCUGGCAGUGGAGCGGCAACCACAGCGGAGAGCUCGGUCGGUGGAACCCGAAAACCGCGAGCGACGCGACGCUCGGGUAUCACUUCGUGAACUGCUGCGCGACGAUCGCGGAGAAGUUGCGCACGAUGGAGCUCGUGCGCAAAGGUCAGAAAUACCCACACCCGGAAACACGCGAAGCCUCGAGCGAACCCUCGAGCGCGCCCGCGAAGGCGCCCUCGCCGUACGAACGCGACGCGAAAGCCCCGCCGCCGCCGUUCGCGUCGUCGAAAAGCGCCGACGCGCCGUCGCGGAAAGAUACGACGAGCACCGGCGGAUUGUUCGACGAGAAAGAGAAGGAGGCGAUCGACGCCGCGGCGCAUUUCCACGGCGAGAACGAGUCGAAAGACGAAAAACCCGUGGACAAAUACGGUGAUACCAGCGCGGGCGCGGACGAAGCCCAAGACGAGAAAUUCGAUGAGAAAUACGGCGACACCAACGAGAAACUCGAUGAGAAAUACGGCGACGAUAAGUACUCGCGGAACCCUUGA